CAGCUGCAGCGGGCGGCCGGGGCUGCGCGCUCGGGACGCGCGGAAUGUGAGGCGCGGCGAGCCGCUGCGCACCGACGCUCGCUCGCUCUCUCGCUCCCUCGCUCCCUCGCUCGCUCGCUCGCUCUCUGGCUCGCUCUCCUGUGGCUCGCGCGCGCGAAAGGGCGGCGACCCCGUGGCGGACGCUCGGCCGCGCCCCGCGCUCCGUGUCGCGCGGGUCCCGGGGGCUCUUCGCCCUCGCGCGCCCUUGUGCCCUCCCGGUGCCCUCCAGCGCGCGCCGGCGGGACCAUGAAGAAGUUCUCUCGGAUGCCCAAGUCGGAGGGCAGCGGCGGUGGCGGCGGCGGCGGCGGGGCGGCGGCUGGCGGGGCCGCGGGCGCCGGGCUCGGCGGCGGUAGCGGCGGCGGCUUCGCAGGCUCGUCCGUGGGGGUCCGGGUGUUCGCCGUGGGCCGCUACCAGGUCACCCUGGAGGAGUCGCUGGCCGAAGGUGGAUUCUCCACUGUUUUCCUGGUGCGGACUCACGGUGGGAUCCGAUGUGCACUGAAGCGAAUGUAUGUCAAUAACACACCUGACCUCAACAUUUGUAAAAGGGAAAUCACAAUUAUGAAGGAACUAUCUGGCCACAAAAAUAUUGUUGGUUAUUUGGACUGUGCUGUCAAUUCAAUUAGUGAUAACGUAUGGGAAGUGCUUAUUUUAAUGGAAUAUUGCCGAGCUGGGCAGGUAGUGAAUCAGAUGAAUAAGAAGCUGCAGACGGGCUUUACUGAGUCAGAAGUCUUACAGAUCUUCUGCGACACCUGUGAAGCCGUCGCGAGGUUGCAUCAAUGUAAGACUCCCAUUAUCCACCGGGACCUGAAGGUAGAAAAUAUUUUGCUAAAUGAUGCUGGAAAUUAUGUGCUUUGUGACUUUGGCAGCGCCACUAAUAAAUUUCUCAAUCCUCAAAAAGAUGGAGUUAAUGUAGUAGAGGAAGAAAUUAAAAAGUACACGACUUUGUCAUAUAGAGCCCCAGAAAUGAUCAACCUUUAUGGCGGGAAACCCAUCACCACCAAGGCUGAUAUCUGGGCCCUGGGAUGUUUACUGUACAAACUUUGUUUCUUCGCUCUUCCUUUCGGUGAGAGUCAGGUUGCUAUCUGUGACGGCAGCUUCACCAUCCCGGACAGUUCUCGCUACUCCCAUAACGUACAUUGUUUGAUAAGGUUCAUGCUUGAACCAGAUCCGGAGCACAGACCUGACAUAUUUCAAGUAUCCUACUUUGCUUUUAAAUUUGCCAAAAAGGAUUGUCCAGUUUCCAACAUCAAUAAUUCUUCUCUUCCCUCAACUCUUCCUGAACCGAUGACUGCUAGCGAAGCUGCUGCUAGGAGAAGCCAAAUGAAAGCCAGAAUAACAGAUACCAUUGGACCAACAGAAACCUCAAUCGCACCAAGACAACGACCAAAGGCCAAUUCCACUGCGGCCACUUCCGGUGUGCUGACCAUUCACAGUUCAGCAACGCCUGUUAAAGUCCCUGCUCCUGCUGAAUUCAAUAACCACAAGCCAAAAGGAGCACUGAGACCUGGAAGUGGUUCUGAAGUCUUAAUGGGUCAGGGCCCCCCUCAGCAACCACCACAGCAGCAUAGAGUUCUGCAGCAGCUACAGCAGGGAGACUGGAGAUUACAGCAACUUCAUUUGCAUCGUGUUCCGCAGCAGCAGCAGCAGCAGCAGCAGCAGCAGCAGCAGCUACUUCAAAAUGCUUAUUUGCAGCAGUAUCAGCAUGCAAUGCAACAGCAACAGAUACUUCAACAACAGUUUUUAAUGCAUUCAGUCUAUCAGCCACAUCCUCCAGCAUCACAAUAUCCUACAAUGAUGCAGCAGUAUCAGCAGGCUUUCCUGCAGCAGCAGCUGCUAGCUCACCAUCAGCAGCCUCGGCAGCAGGCAUCCCCCGAGUAUCUUACUUCCCCUCAGGAGUUCUCACCUGCCUUGGUUUCCUACGCUUCAUCACUUCCCGCUCAGCUUGGAGCCAUAGUGGACUCCUCCUAUGGUGCCAAUAGGCCAGUUGCUGAGAAAGAGGCGGCCACACAUUUUACAAAUGAGAAGACCGUCAGUCACCCGCCUGAUAUGUCAGGGUGGAAUCCUUUCGGAGAAGACAACUUCUCCAAGCUAACCGAAGAGGAGCUCCUGGACAGGGAGUUCGACCUGCUAAGAUCAAACAGGCUCGAGGAGAGCGCACCCUCAGAUAAGAGUGUAGACCCACCCUCUGCUCCACAUAGCCAUCCUCCGGAAGACCCCUUUGGUUCUGUCCCUUUCAUUUCUCACUCAGGUUCUCCUGAAAAGAAAACUGAACACUCUCCAACUCAAAAAAAUAUCACUGCAAAUCCUACCAAAAACGGAAGCACAAGCCCAGUGUACAAAGAUCAGCGGGCUGUAAAGAAAACCUCAGAGAAUCCGGCAGCAGUCCGGGGUCAAGUGCAGAAGGGGAAUGAUGAUUCUGAGAGCGACUUUGAAUCAGACCCCCCUUCUCCUAAGAGCAGUGAAGAAGAACAAGAGGACGAAGACGCUCAGGGAGAACACGGGGACUUUAAUGACGAGGACACCGAGCCGGAGAACUUGGGUCACAGGCCUCUGCUCAUGGACUCUGAAGACGAGGAAGAGGAAGACAAACACAGCUCUGACUCAGAGUAUGAACAGGCUAAAGCCAAGUGUGGAGACCUGCGCUCCCUGCACAGAGACAAACCUGCUGGUGGGCGGAGCCCAGCCCGUGACCCCCCACUCCUCUCCCCUGCCCAUUCUCCCGCAGAUGCCCCGACUCCUGGUCAGGAGUUCGAUGUGUUCGGUGCUGUUCCCUUCUUUGCAGUGCGCGCUCCCCAGCCGCAGCAGCAGCAGCACAGAGGGAAUGGGAAGAACCUCUGCAGGCAGACAUUUCCGGAGCAGGAGGACUUCGAUGUGUUCACAAAGGCACCCUUCAACAAGAAGGUCCAGGACUGGCCCGCGGUGGGCUCCGACACACGCCCCCUGCCGGCGCGGCCCAGGAGUGUAGAUAUCUUUGGCUCCACCCCCUUUCAGCCGUUUCCCACGUCGGCAGCGAGCCGAAGUGAAAGCAGGGAGGAUGUUUUUGGGCUCGUCCCCUUUGAAGAAAUAACUGGGAGCCAGCAGCAAAAAGUCAAACAGCGCAGCCUGCAGAAGCUGUCCUCUCGCCAGAGACGCACAAAGCAGGACAUGUCCAAAAGCAACGGGAAGCGCCACCAUGGCACACCCACCAGCGCAAAGAAGACACUGAAGCCCCCCUACCGCACCCCUGAGAGGGCUCGCAGACACAAAAAGGUGGGCCGCAGAGACUCGCAAAGCAGCAGUGAGUUCUUAACCAUUUCAGACUCCAAGGAGAACAUCAGCGUUGCCCUGACCGACGGCAAAGACAGGGGCAGUGUCCUGCAGCCCGAGGAGAGCCUGCUGGACCCCUUUGGUGCCAAGCCCUUCCAUCCUCCAGACUUGCCGUGGCACCAGUCCCAUCAGGGCCUAAGCGACAUCCGCGUUGAUCACAGUGCCAUCCUGCCCGGGAGGCCAAGGCAGAAUUCAGUGCAUGGGUCAUUCCAUAGUGCAGACGCGUUGAGAAUGGAUGACUUCGGUGCCGUGCCCUUCACGGAACUCGUGGUGCAAAGCCUGGCUCCACAUGAGUCCCAACAGCCCCAGCCAGUUGAAUUAGACCCUUUUGGUGCUGCUCCAUUCCCCUCGAAACAGUAGAUGCUCCGGGCGGACUCGGCAAUAACUCCUGUGUCAAAAAAGUAUGAAUAGUUUUAUGAGUCUGGAAAAUUGAUUUGUACAGUUGUUUAUAUAAUUCAUUCUUACAGGUUAGUCAGAAUAGGCGAUUUUUAAGUAAGCCAAAUGCAAGUUUCUGUACAGGGUAUGCAGUGAUGCCCGCUUCAAGCAGGAGGCCCAAAUGGAAGGGUCCAAGGUGCAGCUGUGGGGCUUCCUGGGAAAGCAGGUGUGUCGCCACUGAGACAGGAAAGCUUAUCAGGUGCACACCCCAGGUCCAGCGCUGAGGGUCUGCACCCGGGAGGAACCAGCCUGGAGUGUGCUCUUCAGUUCAGACGCUUCUCUGUAACGCAGAGCCAGAAGAACUGACUACCGUGCCUAAAACUCCUGCAUUUUUAAAAACAAGUGCCAUUAAUAAUGGACUCUGUAAUGAUAACUAUAUGAAAUAAUGUAUAUAUUAACUCAGCUUAGCCCUUCUAUAGUAUAUACAUCAAAACGUGUAUAUGAUAAUAUAUAUGUAGUUUUUAUUCUGUCAAAAAUAAUUUUUUUUAAAUAUGGAAUGCUUAACAGAAGCCUAGAACAAUGUAAAGAGAAGUAUCUGGCAUUUGAAAAAUGUAAAAUAAUGACACGUCAAAAAGAAAGCAACAUUUGGUACUUUAGAAUUACAUUGAUUUUGCCAAAAUCUUUACCAUUAUGUCCCUGAUGAAGCAUAUUGAUACAAAGUGGGAGGACAGGUUAUAUAGAAGUUUAAUUUCAGGAAAAGGCUAGCUGAAAUUUUAAAUUUUUAAGGUGUUUACAAUGUGAAAUCAUGUUGAAUUUACUAAUGUACUUUAUUACACCACCGCCCUUAUCCAACACUCCUUCCCCCAGGCUUGGGGGUGGGGCAGUUUGACUUCAGCCUUAAGGGCUGCCUCCUGCUGCCAGCCCCUGGGCACCGACUGCCAGACCUGCAGUGGGUGUCAGAAUUAGAUCCUGGGACACUGGGAACUUCAAUUCUGCUAGCCGAUCCUGAUCGCAUCAUUAGUGAAAAGAAGCAAGCUACCAAAUUGCCUUUUAAAGACCACCACCAGUCAUAAUUAGAAACUUGAAAUUUUGUAGCAGUCGUGUUUAAUGGUAGCAGUUAUAAUCAGUGAAUGUGAACACACUAUCUGUGCUUGUGUCUCUGUCUUCAGUUACAACUGCCUUUGCCAGGCUAGCAUUAGAAGUUUCUAGAUUAAUAGUUAUUUACAAAAAAGGGGUGGGAACUUUAUCACUGUUACCCUCCUUGCUUGCUAUAUUUUAAGUUAACUGUCUUUGCCCCCAAUUAGUGGAUUUUAUGAGUAAUCCUAUAAAAACCUCUUAAUUUUAGUGCCCUGAUAGGAUAAAUUAUUUGCCUACUUUCACAGUUUGGAACUUGGAAAGAAGCAGAAUAUGUAACUGAGCCACGGUCAUUCUUAUUGCUUCUCUUCUGUGAGCUCAGGUGGAAAGUGGGCGGAGAAACAGCCCAGCAUUACGUCACCACCUAGACCUGCUCUGCACCACUUCCUGCCCUUGUGCCAAAGGCAGAGGCUAUGUUUGCACCUUUUUCUAGUUCUCAGGUUAAUUAAUACUGCUAAUACAAAUAGUAGUAGAUCCUUUAAACUACAAAACAGAUUCAGUGAUGCUUUCUUUUCAAAGCGGUAAACUCAUCAACUGCACAGAAGAGCUCAUCCAGAAGGUAGUCAGUGAACUGAUGUGGUCUCCUGAGAUGUGAAUAUGAAAUCAUAAUUUUACUUGCCUUUCAAUGCACUGAAUUUGAAGUGAUUCACUGACACUCUGGCUUAUGCUGGAUAAAUUCUUAGGAAACAACUCCGCCACAGCUUAAAAUGUUUACAUUGUCUCCUAUAGCCUAGCCAGGUGACAUUCCUCUUUUGAGACCAGCUCACCGGACCGAUGGAGCAUUUCUCUGGAGGUCCAGUAGGGCAGUUCCUGUGUGUUGAUGUUAGAGGCCUUUUUUGCAGUCUCUGUACAGCUGAGCCUUAGGUACUUAAUUCCCUUAGGAGAAUUAAGCUGCCAAGCACAGGACCUGGCACAUAGCACUCACUGAAGGACUGGCUGUUAUGGGAUGGCCCCGUUCUGGUGUAAGGAAUGUCAUUUGGGUGUGCCCUGUGCUUCUAAGUAUGCAAAGUAGUCCUAAACCUGUUAAACUUGAACAUCAAAGGGAAGCCACGUUAGAGACCUCAAGGAUCCAAGGCCAAAGCUGUUUCUUAGAAGCUUUACUAGCUUGUUAACUCUGAAUCUAAAGAGCGAACCAUUUGCUUAGCUUCCAUAACUUCAGUAAAACAUUACUAUGACAAAGAUCAUCAUCUAUGGCACUGAAGAAUGCGUCCGCCAAGACACUGAAGUUGCUUGGUGUAUAGUUGGUGAAAAGGUCUACUGUAAGCUGGGAGAAAAUGUAACUGACUAGGAUAUUAAGAACUGAGUGUCGCCCCGCGCCCCCAUGUGUAUACUUGGGCAUGGAUGGGAAAUCACUCGGAUCUCAGCUCUGUGUACCCUGCGGCCAUUUAACAGGGGCUGACUGCUGCUGUCUUCUUGCUGGUGGAGCCCACUCCUGUGCUGGUGUGGCGGGCAGCCACUCUGCUGGGUCAUCUAGGUUUGAACGAGUGUCACUGUCACUACGUAGGGGAGUCCGGGUGUGUCUGUUUAGUGUAGGUAGAAUAUGCAGUGAACUUGGUCAGCUUUUCUUUGUCUUUUUUAGCAAAACUAGUCAUCAAUUUAGGUCCAAUUAAUUGAGUUGACAGUCUACUGUGAGAUGACGUGUCUACUGUGACAAUAGCAAAUGACUGUUGGAAAACUUUCAUACCCAAGUGUGUUUUCUACUAAGAUAAGAAAGACACACGUGCGUGCACAUCACAGCUCUCUAUUAGGGAAUUAAUGUGAAUUUAAAAAUGGCAAUCAUGUCUGUCUUUUUUUUUAGAGAGCAUCCACUCCUAGAGAGGGUUUACAAAAGCCACUAAAAGGAAGUAGAUGAAAAUACAGAGAGAGUUGGGUCUGUUUUAGGGCUUUUGUUUUUAUUUUUAAUUUUAAAAUUCCCAGUGCUACUUUGAGAAGAGAACUGAUUUUAUUACUACGUGCUUUUUGUGACUGGAAAGUCGUCCAAUAGAAGGAGUUAGUAGCCACUUGGUUUUUCCUUCUAUGGUGCUGGGAACCGAACCCAGGGCCUUGCACAUGCUAGACAAGCAUUCUAGCGCUGAGCUACAUCUCCAGCCUGGAAGCUCCCUUUUAAUUGCUGGCAAACAGCUUUAAGUGCACUUUCUUUGAUUACACUUCCAUUUUUGUUAAACUUGAAUUUUCUGAAGCCUUUUAUGUACCACUAAGCAAAUAACUUUAAUCUUUAAAAAAAAACCGGAUUUAUAUCUUUAGUUAUGUUUCUAAUUGUAAUAAAACAUACUUGCUAAAGUAACUUAAGUCCUCAAGUGUAGUUGGGAAACUUAUGAAACAGAAUUCAGUUGCUUCCCCGUAUCCAGUUAAGCACUCAUUUUAUUACCUUAUUGCCUUUACAUUGCUUAGUCUCGAAUUCUGUUCACUAUUUUGUUUGAGAUUUAAAGUUAUUUUCUUACUGUAUUUAUCAUACCUACUGUUUUAAUAAUCUGCCUUCUUUAAAUGCAAUAAAUCCCAAAUGGAUUGCUUAUUCUUUAUAA